AUGGCUGCAAAGUUGUGCAUCCUUGUCCUCUUCUUCGUAUUUACCACCACCGUGUCGUUAGCGUCAUCUCCAGCAGCAUGGAGCUCUACGAAGACGCCCAGCUCCGCAGCGUUAAUCCGUUCGUAUUGCGAGAAUGCCGUAUAUCCAAGGUUAUGCUGCAAGGUAUUCAGGAAGCAUACCGAGAUCAUCCACCCAACCGGCACGACUGAGCUGACCCAGCUCACCACCGUCGUCACCGUCAACCGCCUCCGCGGCCUCUCCAAACGUGUCUCGGCCCUCACUCACAACGCCACCCGCUCGAAGGACGCCAAGGCCUUGAAGGGUUGCAUGGUCGCUCUAGGCGAGGCUGCCAAGGAGGCGCGGCGAUCGGCAGCCAAGUUGGCCGGGCUGGAGUCUACGACGGCGAAGCCAGAGUCGGAGUCGUCGGUGACGAAGGCGCAGGCGUAUAUGAGCAAGGCGUUGACGAAGGAGGACUUGUGCGCCGACGAGCUGGCUGAGAUGGAUGAUGGGCCGGCGAAGAGCGACGCUAGCCGUCGGGUACGGCAGGUGAAGCAACUCACCGCCAAUUCUCUCUCCCUGAUUCACGGCCUCGCCACGGCCGAGUGA